UCCGCUGCGUGAUCAUGCGGGCACCCGCUGAGUCCCUGCACAGAAACGGCUGCAUCAAGCACACUUCCCGGAGCGGUACUACCCCAACAUGACCGACUUCGAGAAGGAGCUGCAGACGGAGCACAGCUUGCACUGCCUGCAGAUGCUGGUCGAGGCGAUCAUGUGCAAGGCGGACGAGACGCCGCUGACCAUGAUCUGGUUCGACAACAGCAUCCUGCCGGGGGGCAACCGGACGAUCGCGCACGAGUGCGUCAACUGGGACCGCUUGCUGCGCGGCAUGGACGAGAUCAAGGUCGACCCGUUCGAGCCCGGCGUGCUGGUGCAUCCCAAGUUCGGCCCCGUCGUGCCCGACGGCCGGUACACGAAGCUGGACAACCGCAUUGGGUACAUCUUCAAUCCCGUGCCGCUGGACCGCGAUAAGUACCCUUGAAUGAUAUCUGGGGACUCGGGCUGGGUGGCUGGGUGAUAUCAAAACGAGCGCCGACGAGGUGACGCCCGCUGGCUGAGUUUCAGGGUCGUCGGUUGCACAAGUUGGCAAAGUCUUGGGCACGGCUGGCAGGGAGCUGGGGUGUGCAAGGAAUGAUGAGGUCUGCCUUGUGAAUGGUGGGCAUUGUGGUUUAAAAUGCGACAGAUUGGCCGGGGGAUUCUCGUCCAUGUUUCUGCUUCCCGCCGUCCAGCUGCACCUGAGGAUUGCUUCGCCCUUGCCGCCCUCCCUGCUCGUAUCCCUUUGCAACGAGAUGCUCUCUUAGCAGUAAUUUCCUUUGAGUUGUUGGAGUUGGUGUCAUGAGUGCAACGUCGUCCUUAGGUACCUAGGUACUUACCUGAACAUUCUGCG